CUCGCGAAUGUAAACAAACAAGAUCCAUGUGGAAGCGGUUCCAUGUGAACAGCUCCCUGUAUGCAUACAGUUGUUGAUUCUGUUACACGGUUUUGAUAUACGGCGCUUCUAUUUAGGUAGAAAUUGCUUCUGCGAAUAAACGGAAAGCAUGGAGAUCCAGCUUGCAUGUGAACUCCCUCGAGUCCAGAAUAUGGUUCAUGUUCAAGGCUCUGCGAAGCCAAGGCUUGUCACUCCGGGUGAAGUUAUUUAUCAGGAUACAAGUUUUAUGAGGGGUCAUGGCACUUACAUGGAAGAAGGAGUUCAGGUUGCAUCAGUUGCAGGAUAUGUAACCCGAGUUAAUCGUCUCAUCACUGUCACCCCCCUGCGGCAAGUGUAUCAAGGUGCUGUUGGUGACACUAUUGUUGGACGUAUCACACAGGUUCAGACUAACAGAUGGAAAGUAGACGUAAAUUCCAGGCUGGAUGCUGAGCUUCGACUGUCAAAUAUUCAGUUACCAGGAGGAGAGCAACGUCGUAGUAAUUUGGAGGAUGAACGUGGCAUGAGAGGAUUACUACGGGAAGGAGACCUUGUCUGUGUUGAAGUUCAAAAGAUUAGUGAUGAUGGACUGUUAAGAUUGGCUGCUCGUAGCAUCAAAUAUGGAAAGCUAUCGCAAGGAACACUCCUAGCUGUAUCACCAUCACUUAUUGUCCAAGACAAGCAGAGAAUGCAUGAUCUCCCUUGUGGUGCCCGAGUUGUGUUUGGAGCAAAUGGAUAUGUGUACAUUACUCCAACAGUACCACAAGAACAAGCAUCAACUUACACUGUCAACUUUGAAGAGGUCCCAGUUGAUAUUCGUAAAACAAUUGGACGUCUUCGGAACUGCAUCAAGCUCUUAGCAAUACAUUCUAUCAUGAUAUCCCCAACAAGUGUAACCUCUGCAUUUGAUAUAUCUAUUGAACAGGAAUAUGAGAUAAAGGAUUUGCUAAAACCAGAUGUUAUGCAGGAUGUUGCUAUGGCAACAGUUCAGAUGCUGAAUGAGUAGAUUAGUUUUGUAAUUACUGAGGAAAAAUAAUAUCAGAAAACUU